AUGAUAGAAGAGGACAAAAUCAAGAAGCGGCUGGCCAAGGCGCCGGUCUUCCGGAAGAUCAAGAAGAAGCGCGACCAGGUGAAGCACCGCGAGGGUACGAGGGAGGACUACCCGCCGAUCCACCUCAACGAACCCGAGCGCAACGCCAAGAAGGAGAACCGCUUCCCGUCGAACGUCAUCACCACCUCCAAGUACACCCUGUGGAGCUUCAUUCCGCUCGUGCUCUGGUCUCAGUACCGACGCGCCACGACCAUCUACUUCACCCUCAUCUUUGCCAUCACCGCCAUUCCUGCCGUUUCGCCGAUCACGCCGUGGACGGGCCUCCUCGGUUUGCUGUUCAUUCUUGUGGUGUCCGCCGUGCGCGAGGGAUGGGAAGACGUGUUGCGGCACAGGGCCGACAAGAAGGUGAAUGAUCGUGAAUAUUGCUUCGUCAAGCAGAGUGGAGCUCUUAAGAAUGUGAAGAGUCGUGAUUUGCAUGUGGGCGAUUUUGUCUACGUGGAAGCCAACGAGGCCAUCCCCGCCGACAUGGUCCUGCUUCUCAGCUCGAACGAAGAGGGUAUCGCGUACAUGGAAACCUCCCAGCUGGACGGAGAGACGAAUCUUAAGCAGCGCAAGGUGCCGCCGGUGACUGCAGGGAAGACGAAGGAGGAGCUGACCGACCUCAGCGGCGUGCUGAAGUGCGAGAAGCCCAACCACAUCCUCUACUCCUUCAAGGGAACUCUCGAGAUUGAGGGCGAGGAUGCCGCGCCGUUGGACAAACAAAACCUGCUCUUGCAGAAUGCCUACCUGAGGAACGUCAAGUGGGUCGUCGGUCUUGUCGCCUACGCGGGACCGGAGACAAAGCUCAGCCUCAACCAGCGGGAACCGCCGUUCAAGAUCUCUUCGCUGGACAAGCGAUUGAACGCGUACGUGCUGGUGAUCUUCCUGCUCGAUCUCGCCAUCUGCGUCGGGCUUUCCGUCCUCAGCGGCUUCUUCGAGUACAAAUACGCGACGCACAACUACUACCUCACUACUGACCCGAGCGGCUACUGGAUGGUGGCGCUCAAGCGCUUCGCCUCUUAUUUCGCCCUGCUCAGCUUCCUCAUCCCUCUGUCCCUCGUCGUGUCGCUCGAGGUCGUCAAGGUGAUCCAAUCGCGAUUCAUGGAGUGGGACAAGGAGCUGUCGACCAAGGACGGUCGGAUGACCGCCCGCACGUCGACGCUGACCGACGAGCUCGCCCUGGUCAAGUACGUGUUCUGCGACAAGACCGGUACGCUCACGGAGAACGUGAUGAAGUUCAAGCAGUGCUCCAUUCGGGGCCGCCUCUACGAGGACGCCGAAGAGGACCACCUCCAGCACGCCUUGGAGGACGCGGACAAGGAGGAGGCAGAGGACGUGGAGAACUUCCUGCGGUGCUUGGCCCUGUGCCACUCGGCCAUCCCCGAUUCCAAGGAGCAGCGGGAGAGGGAGGAGGCCAACGACGCCAAAGCCGACGGCGACAAGAAUGUCGGCAAGAAUGCUGACAAGGACGAGGCCGCCCUGCGCGCAAAGAACGGGGACAAGGGCAAGGACAAGAACGAAGGCGAAGACGAGACGAAGAAGCAGGAGAAAGAAAAGGAAAAAAGCGAGGAGAAGAAAUUGAAGAAGAACAGGAAGAUGAAGAAGAAGCGCAGCAAGAGGGAUCGAGAAGAGGACGAACACGACGCGAGGGACCGCGAUGAAGAUGAAGGCGACGAAGAGGACGAAAAGGAAGAAGAUGAGGAUGCCAUCGACUACAAGGCGUC